AUGGAGCUCCCUGCGCUGGCUGGCACGGUCUUCGCGAUUGUUGUUAUCGGCUGCUACCUGCUCGAGUCUUUCUUCUUCCUCUCCAAAAAUCCGCAAGAGCCAGAGUACAUUAGGCCCCGCGUACCAUUGAUCGGCCAUCUUCUCGGUCUCAACAAGUAUGGCUCUGGCCACUACUUUACCAAAAUUGGAGCCGAUGCCAAGUCUAACAUCUUUUCUGCGCCCAUCUUCUCCUUCAAAUUCUACAUUUUCGCAGAACGCAAGUUCAUCUCGUCGAUCCAACGCAAUGCUAGGACAAUCUCUUUUGCGCCCUUUACAGCCAAGGCGUCACACAACUUUAGCGGUGCCGAUGAGAAGGCCACUAACUUGCAAGAUCACCUGGGAGGCGGCCCCGAGGCCAAAGAAUUUGAUCGAGUCCAGCGCACGACACUGGCAGCUGGUCCUGAACUUGAUGACAUGAGUCUUGUUGCAACUCAGGUGAAAAUUGAAAUUGUUGACAAGCUGGCUGCAGAUGCCCUCAAGUCACCCGAAACAGGCAUUCCGAUCGAUUUGUUUGCCUGGGUGAAGCACACCGUCGGGCUGUCGGCACCGGAAGGGAUGUUCGGUCCUUUGAAUCCUUUCAAGAACCCUGAUCAUGAAGCCGACUUCUGGACCUUUGCUGACAAGGCACACUUGCUUCUGCCUGGGGGCAUCAUUGCCGAUCUAUUUGCAAAAAAGGCAAUGCAAGCGAGGGAACGCAACGGUCUACGAUACGAAGAAUACGUUCGUCUCGGGGGCACGGAGACGGCAUCAGGUCUUAUCAAAGGCCGAUCACGUGUAAUGGUAGAGAAUGGAGUGUCUCCGCGUGAUAUUGGGCGUAUCAACGUUGGCUUCGAUAUCGCUAUGCUGGCCAACUACGUGCCAACAACCUGGUGGUCUGUCUUUGAGGUAUUCUCGCGCCUGUGGCUCGUAGAUGCAAUCCGCGAAGAAGUCCGCAAAGCCGUCAAAAAAGAUGAAAACGGGGAGUUCUGCAUGGACAUUUCCGUCCUCAAGUCCGCCUGUCCGCUUCUCCUCUCCUCAAUUCAGGAGGCGCAGCGCCUGCACACCAUCCACGCACACAUCCGUGAAGUUCUUCGCGACACGGCAAUCACAGUAGACGAUAAGACUCAGCUUCUCAAGAGCGGCAACUAUGUCCAGAUCAACGGCAUUCCCAUCCUCCGCAAUGAGGAAACAUGGGGCUCAGAUGCUACCUCCUUCGACGCCUAUCGAUUCAUCAAGAUGAAGAAGAAGCCCAAAACGCCAGGCGUAGCCGCGCCAGGAGACCUGGCACCUCACGUCUGUCCGGCACGAUGGCUUGCGACUGCCGGUACCAUGACGCUAAUUGCGUUGAUGACCUUGAAUCUCGACGUUGAGGUUGCGCCGGAAUUCAAGGGCGAAGGUCCAUCGGGGAGGGAGUGGAGAAUGCCCGAGAUUGAAGGGCUCUUUGUGGCUUUACAUUCUCCCGCUGAGCCGAUCCCCAUUACGGUACGGUCGAGGCAAGAAUUUGAAGGCAAGUGGAGGGUUGAGACUGGAACACCAGGGACAAGAUUACAGUUAUCAGUGGGUUAAAUAAGCUUUGAAACGUUGAGUCUCAAAGAAGAUUGAAAACAAGCAUAUGAUCAAGUCGC